ACUCACUCACGCACUCAUAGUCUGACUCGCUCACAUUCCUCUCCCGGCUCUGUGUGGGGAAGGCACAGAGUCUGCUUGGAGCCCGGUGCUGCAACAUUAGAGUCCCUCUCAGAGACACACCGGAGACCUUGAGGACCCGGCAGUAGGCCAAUGCACACUGGUACACCAUACACGCACAUUUAGCUCCACAUUGCUACACGCUAGUACACAGUACAGUCUGCAUGCCAGUGUGUUGCCUACUGCUGAACAGGCUACAGGAAAACCUCAGCAAAAUAUUCAGGUUCUAUCAGGUUAGAGCAGGUCACCACCGAUGUAGCGAUGAUCCCCAGCCUCUUCAUGACGCUCUCCGUGGUCUACAACUAUCAGCUGGACUUGCGCCUCCAUGUCACCCAGCAGGAUGGACAGUAGAUGCCCUGGACUGCCACCCUUCCUUACCACGCUUUGAUUCCACCCUGAAGGCUUCAAUACAUCCGGAGGAAGUUCUCAAAGCCAGGAACGAGAAAGUUCUGCUGGACAGAGGAACCAAGGAGGACCUUGUUUGAAUCUGCCCCCCCUCUCAGUUGCCACAAUGCUGUGGGACAAGUUUGCCUGUCCUCUUCUGUCAUUGGCCACCCUGCUGGCAGCCGGGGGAUGCAAUGUGGUGGAGCAGCGACGUAGCACGGAUUCUAGUGCCAGCGAUGUUGGCGGCGGCCCCGGAGACACCAGCCGGAAGGUCAGCCGCAUCCAGCACGGCCAGUGCACUUACACCUUCAUACUACCAGAGAACGAUGCAGGUGUUGCCUGUCAGGACGGCCAAGCUGGGGGCCAGUACAACACCAAUGCCCUGCAGAGGGAUGCGCCGCUGCUGGAGCAAGAAUUCUCUAGCCAGAAGAUCCAGCAGCUGGAGCACGUCAUGGAGAACUACACACAGUGGCUUCAGAAGCUGGAGAACUACAUCAAGGAGAGCAUGAGGUCGGAGAUGGUGCAGCUGCGGCAGAGCGCCGUGCACAACCACACCGCCGCCAUGCUGGAAAUGGGCACCAGCCUGCUGUCCCAGACCGCUGAGCAGACGCGGAAGCUCACGGAUGUGGAGACGCAGGUCCUAAAUCAAACUUCACGGCUCGAGAUCCAGCUGCUGGAGAACUCACUGUCCACCAACAAGCUUGAGAAGCAGCUGCUCAUCCAGACCAACGAAAUUGGGAAGCUGCACGACAAGAACAGGUUCCUGGAGCAGAAGGUCCAGGAGAUGGAGGCCAGGCACAGCGAGGAGCUGGAGUCCCUGCGUGAGGAGAAGGUCAGCUUGCAGGAACUGGUGGCCAAGCAGAGCCACGUGAUACAGGAGCUAGAGAGCCAGCUGGGCCAGGCCACCGGCAACAACACGGCCCUGCAGCGGCAGCAGCAGGAGCUGACGGACACUGUGCAGGGGCUGCUCAACCUCUGCAGCAAGGAUGGAGCGGUGCCGAACAGCACGAAGCAGACCGACGAGGAGAAGAAGUUCCGCGACUGUGCUGACCUCUUCCAAGCUGGCUUCACUAAGAAUGGGGUCUACACGCUCUACGUUAACGUCAAUGUCAACGUCCUGGAGACCAAAAAGGUCUACUGCAACAUGGAAGCUGCAGGUGGUGGUUGGACCGUGAUUCAGCACAGGGAGGAUGGCAGUUUAGACUUCCAGAAGAUGUGGAAGGAGUACAAGAUGGGUUUCGGAAGUGUAUCUGGAGAGCACUGGCUGGGGAACGAGUUUGUGUUCCUCCUCACCAACCAGCGGCAGUACAGCCUGCGGGUGGAGCUGAUGGACUGGGAUGGGCGGCAGGCCUUCUCACAGUACGAUAGCUUCCGCCUGGAAAACGAGAAGCUGAAUUACAGACUCUUCCUGAAGAGUCACAGCGGCACAGCGGGACGGCAGAGCAGCAUGGUGGUCCACGGGGCGGACUUCAGCACCAAGGACCUGGACAACGACAACUGCAUGUGCAAGUGUGCUGUCAUGCUGACGGGCGGCUGGUGGUUUGACGCCUGUGGCCCAUCCAACCUCAACGGGAUGUACUACAACAAAGGACAACAUGUCGGCAAGCUUAACGGCAUCAAGUGGCACUACUUCAAAGGUCCGAGUUACUCUCUUCGCGCCACGACCAUGAUGAUUCGCCCAUCUGACUUCUGAAGGAAGCCUCCUUCCAGCGAAUGAUGUUCAUGGAGUCAUCACCCAAGAGGAAAAGACAUCUUGGUCUUGCAAGUUUUCCCCAAGACCAGUACUGGAGAUGAAAGACAUGGCAUGGUCAUGCUUUUUGGUGACAACUGAACUGUAAAGGCUAUUAGCUGCAGGUUACAGUUACAGCCGGUCUAUAAUGGAAACAUUACCUGAAAUCACAGGAUUUUUGACACUUGUGCUUUCUGUUGCUGGCACAGAGAAAAUGCUGUUGAGCAUUAGCAUAUAUCCGCAAAAGAAUAAACUGUGCUUGUUUAUCCAGGUUAUUUUUUUCUCCUGGUAGUGGAAUCUGUUGCUCAGUCACCGAAAUCAUUAGUGCCAUUUUCGGACACAAUGCGAAUCGCAAGGUGACUUUGAGCAGAGGCCCCGAAAGGCGCGUAUCAUCCGGGACGACGGACGUUCAUGGCCCGCUGGAGGGCAGAUAGCUGAGCCGCCAGAAGCUGUGGCGUAGAGCUGCCGAACGGACUCGCCAACGUACAGCCUGCCGCCGUAUUCCUGACUGAUAAGCACAUAUCGGGGUAAACCUGAAACCCAUCCACAUGGGAUUUUUCUACAUGUGAUGGUCCACAUUCUGGGACCUUGGAUAUGGAAGGACUCUGCAUAAAAGAAGAAGACAAAGAUUUAAUACAAUCAUAACUUACUUUGUUUAUUUUUUGUAAGCAGUAUUAAUAUGAAUUUCUUUGCAUUCUCGGUACUUUAAAAGCAUAUAUGGUGCUUUAACUGUGUCCUUAUUAACAUUAAACCAUGUUAGUAGUUUCUGAGAACACCGCAAAUGUAUAACGGUGAGUCAACUUGUACACACGAGUGAGAGAAAUGUGCUGGAUUAUAGGUUAUUUUGGUAAAAUACAAGUAAAAGCAACACUUGAAAAUGGUGAAGUGUUGGUGAAAAACAACUAAUCUCAUUAAAGAAAACCAUGUUAAACAUCCAUCUCAUAGAGAACUUUCCAUAUAAAUCUGUGAUGAUGAAAGAGGGGGUGAUGAAGAUGGUCUCCAAAAUGGCUAUAAAAAUAAGACCCAAUGUUCACCCAACUAUAAUCAUUCAUCUUCCAUAUCAGUUUGUCCUGGUGUAAUACUAAUAAGGGUGUAAUACUUGCAGUAAAAACAAUAUAAAUAUUCAUGAUUAGGAGUGAUUCAUGUCAAUAUUGUUGACUUACAAUCUAAUGAAUUUUUCAUAAAGGAAGCGUUGCAAAAAUUAAGACUCUCUGGAGAUGCCUGGAUUCACAUUCUCCAACUCAGUCGAGACCGUUCGUUUUAAUAAAGCAAUGGUGUUUAGAAGUGCCCUCAUGUUUCAUAAACACAAGCAGAAAUGUCAGUUUUGUUGCUCAUUUUGUCUUUUUCCUUUGAUGAUAUGUUUUAUAAAUCUUCGGUUAUGUGAACGCACUUGUACAAUGGUGACAUUUUUAUUGUUGCAGCUCAGUUGUUACUGAAGGCUAGCGAGGAUUUUUAAAUCUUCGGCAUCUUUUUAAUAAGGUUACAGCUAACUUUAGGGCAUAGGGACAGCGUGAAGAUGGCAGAAAUGCCCCUCUCAGCUGUUUUAAAUACCUAAAUAUUCUCCAACCAUGUUUGCCUGAGUGGGCACUGGUGUGUCCUUGGGUACUCCAGUGUGUCCUCGGGUACUCCAGCAUGUCCUCGGGUACUCCAGCGUGUCCUCGGGUACUCCAGUGUGUCCUCGGGUACUCCAGUGAAAUUCAAAGCCAUUUCUCCCUAUACUUCAUACUACAAGGCUGUAGGACAACAUAAAUAAUGAUGUGUCGGUGCACAGUGUGUACUGUUAUGUGAAAAAGCAACUGUUUUUGUUCUGUUAAAUAUUACUGACAGGUACUUUGAAACAGGCAAAAGGUACUUUGAAACAGCUUCUGGAGCAUGUAAAACUUUGCAAUAACAAGUUUAUAAAUAGACUAAAACGGUGUAAUAUGAUGUGUGUACAUGUAAAAAAAAUAACUUUCCCAAGGAAAGCUGUGUAUUUGUUUCAUUUCAGAGCCAGAGGUGCUUCAGGUACCCAUGGCAGAGUGCGGGAAAAAUGCUUCUGGACGACAUGGAUUUUAGCUCGAGGAAGCGUUUUAAUUUUGUUUCAGUUAAAUCCUUUUUGUAGAAUGUGAAAAACCAUGGAUAAUAAAAGCAUGUGAUGCGGCAACGUUUUUCACUCUGGGUGUGAAGCAGACCUUUACUCAAUGGGUGCAUGAAAAUUACAAUAGUGUAAGAUAUACUGUCUAAAAAUAAAACAAGGUGUAUAAAUGUG